CAGGCAGGGGAGGAAACAUGUCAUGAGAGGUGAUGACACAGCCGGAGAGACCUAUUCACACUGACGCUGACUCCCAAGUUCGCCGCUCACCACUGCUCCCUCUUCUUCUUCUUCUUCUUCUUCUUCUUGUGCCGCCGCUGCUGCCGCUGCCGCUGCCGCACCGUCCCACAGAGGAGAGAGAGCCAAAGAUAGCUCAGGCUUUCAUUCCCUCUCUCUCCCCACCUCUCUCUCUCCCUCUCUCUUUUUUCACUCUGUUUGUGGAUGAUGGGAUUUUAAUCAUGUGGAAGACGGCUGAGCUGCUCUCCUGGUUUUCGCUGACGCUGCGCCUGGUCCCGCCUGGCCUCCUCUGAGCAGAAUGGACACUCUGGAGUCGGAGCUGACCUGCCCAAUCUGCCUGGAGCUGUUCGACGACCCGCUGCUGCUCCCUUGCGCCCACAGCCUCUGUUUCGGCUGCGCCCACCGCAUCCUUGUCUCCCACUGCGCCACCAACGAGUCUGUCCAGAGCAUCGGUGCCUUCCAGUGCCCCACCUGUAGAUAUGUCAUUUCUCUGAGCCCUCAGCGUGGAUUAGAAGGACUUAAGAGAAACGUGACCCUCCAGAACAUUAUCGACCGAGUCCAGCGCGCCUCGUCUUCGGCCGGGCUGCCCCACAGCGGGCCCAACUCUCCCGGCGAGGAAGGGAGCAACCGGUUGGCGCUGGUCCCCGUCAGCGCCGCCAUGUCCAGCCCGGGAACGCCUCCGGAGCCGGUCCAGUGCCAGUUCUGCGAGCAGGACCCGCCGCAGGACGCCAUCAAGACAUGCGUGACGUGCGAGGUGUCGUACUGCGAGGAGUGCCUCCGCGCCACGCAUCCCAACAAGAAGCCGUUCACGGGCCACCGGCUUAUCGAACCCAUGCCCGACUCGCACCUCCGAGGGCUGCAGUGCCUGGAACAUGAGGAGGAGAAGGUGAACAUGUACUGCGUCACCGACGAUCAGCUGAUCUGCUCGCUGUGCAAACUGGUCGGAAGGCACAGAGACCACCAGGUGGCAGCACUUAGCGACCGCUAUGAAAAACUCAGGCAAGCCCUGGACUCCAACCUGAGCAGUUUGAUCAAAAGGAACAACGAGCUGGAGUCGCUUAUGGGGAAACUGAUCCAGACCUGUCAGCAUGUAGAGGUGAACGCAUCCCGCCAGGAGGGGAAGCUUUUGGAGGAAUGUGACAUUCUGAUUGACAUUAUUCAGCAGAGGAGGCAGAUCAUUGGCACCAAGAUCAAGGAGGGAAAGGCACAGCGGCUCAGGAAGCUCGCCCAGCAGAUCUCCAACUGUAAGCAGUGCAUCGAGAGGUCCUCCGCCCUCAUCACGCAGGCCGACCAGACACUGAAAGAGACGGAUCACGCUCGCUUUCUGCAGACCGCCAAGAGCAUCACAGAGAGGGUUUCCAUGGCGACUGCAUCAACCCAAGUGCUGAUCCCUGAGAUAAACCUGACGGACACCUUCGACACCUUCGCUCUGGACUUCACCCGGGAGAAGAAGUUGCUGGAGAACCUGGAUUACCUCACUGCUCCAAGCGCUCCGGGCAUAAGGGAGGAGUUGUGCACGGCUUCCUACGACACCAUCACUGUCCACUGGACGUCUGACGAUGAAUUCACGGUGGUGUCCUACGAGCUGCAGUACGCCAUCUUCACCGGACAGGCCAACAUUGCCAGUCUGUGCAACUCGUUGGAUAGUUGGAUGAUCGUGCCCAACAUCAAGCAGAACCACUACACGGUGCAUGGUCUGCAGAGUGGCACCAAGUAUAUCUUUGUUGUCAAGGCCAUUAACCAGGCAGGAAGCAGAAGCAGUGAGCCAGGAACUCUGAAGACCAACAGCCAGCCUUUCAAGCUGGACCCCAAGUCAGCCCACAGGAAGCUGAAGAUCUCCCAUGAUAACCUGACGGUGGAGCGGGACGAAACCACAUCCAAGAAAGGCCACAGCCAGGAGCGAUUCUCCAGCCAGAGCAGCUACGGCGUGGUAGGAAAUGUCUUCAUCGACAGCGGGCGUCACUACUGGGAGGCUUUGAUUGGAGGCAGCACAUGGUAUGCUGUGGGCAUCGCCUACAAAUCAGCCCCCAAGCAUGAGUGGAUUGGCAAGAACUCAGCCUCCUGGGUGCUUUGCCGCUGCAACAACUCCUGGGUGGUUCGCCACAACAGCAAGGAGCUGGCCAUCGAGCCCUCCCCCCACCUGCGGCGCGUCGGGGUCCUGUUAGAUUACGACGCAGGAUAUCUGACCUUCUACGACGCCGUGGGCUCCCAGCACCUCCACACCUUUCACGUCUCCUUUGUCCAGCCUGUGUGUCCCGUGUUCAACGUGUGGAACAAGUGUCUGACGGUUCUCACCGGUCUCCCCAUCCCUGAUCACCUGGAGGGACUGGAGCCCCACAACUAAAAGCUAAAUUUGGGAUAAAUUAGCCUAAACAGGUCCAAAUUACAGUGUUAAAGCUGCACUAGGCAAGAUUUUUACAUAAAAACACACCCAUCUCAUCAGCCUAAAUCGCAAAGUGGGGCUGCAAAAGAGAAAGGGCCUCAUCCUCUCUAAAUGUCGAUUUGCCCUCUUUACCCAAAAGAAAUUCUGGUAUGAAGUAUGGAUAAUUCUUCACCGGCUGGACGUGAUGACUUAAACCCUAAGAGAGAAAUACAAACUGUCUUCUAACAGCAAUGAGGGAACAAUCCAUCAAGAGAAAGUGGACUCUGCCUUUCUUCUGAUGUCCUUUGGAGUAAAGCAUCACAGAUCAACCGGGUCGGUAAAUAUGAGCGGGCUGUGUGCAGAUGAUUUCUGGAUUUAUGAGUGUACAAAAUUCAUACAAGUCCAUCUUUCUGCCAUUUGGACCCACCAGACAAAUUGCAAAGUUGACUAGUGCAGCUUUAAACCCAAAGACGAAGAAUCAAUCCCUGGAGCGUUAUUUCAUUAAGCUUCUCAAAGUAGGAGAUCUUUGAGUUUAGUGGUUAGGCCCCAUUGAAAGUAUUUUUAUUAUGACUGCAAAAAGUACUGAUUUACACCUUCUUCUACUCUGAGAGGCUUGGUAAAUACACAGUUCAGGCGGACGACUGAAAUCCCAAGUUGAUCCGGACUUUACCAGGACAAACUGGACCAAACUGGGGCCAAAACGUCCCAUUGCCACGCAGUUUGGUCCAUGAUAGAUGUAUUUGCACCGAGGCCACUAGGAAACAAGCCACAAGUCCAUUUUUAUUAUUUUCUUUUUCCUGCCACCUUAUCAGAUCUAGCACUUUGAAAAACUCUGGAAGGAGACACAUAGCAGCGUACACAAUCAAUCAGGCACACCUACUCCAAUCAGUCAAAUUUGCUGUAAAGACCAGAAUAAUACAUGUAUGUUUUGUAAAUUCACAGUAUUUCCCCUUAAACCCCCUCAUUCAAAAAUGAACCAAAGUAGCCAUUUCUGUCUGUUCAGAUGUCUUAGCAUUAAAAAUAGCACUAAAUACAAAAAAAAAAAAAAAAAAAAAAAUCCUAUAAAUGUAAAUGACUUCCUUGUUUUUGCACAUUGUUCAUACUUUAUUUAUGGUUUUGUGGGGAACACUGGGGGAAAUGUAACUCAUUUUGGUGCAAUUAACAUGAAUAAUAUUGGGAAAGCAUUGUGGUUUUUUUGUUUGAAUUAUUGUAUUAAUUUCCCAUUUUAGCAGUCAGCCGUGUUCUCCCAUUAUGAUUUUACGAAAAUACAUAAUAUGUGAGUUGUUACAGUUGUAGCCCAAGGUUACUGUUGAAACUAAGGGAUGAAGUGCACAUUUAAGCAGUUUUUAAUCAUUUUUCUUACUUUUCUAUAAUGCAAAAUGUUUCGUGACACGCUUAAGUUGGAAUGUCAAUACCCCCAAACAGUGUUUUUUUUUUUAAUUUUAUUUUAACAAAGAGUGUCUUUGAAUAUUAUCUUUUCAAGAUGAUUUAUUCUGUUCUGUUUCAUCAGACUUACAUUUUUAUUCCUAUGUCCCACUCGGGCAUCUUUCUCUGAUUCAGUUUUCACAUGCAAGCUCAAAAACUCAGUGUACUAUCUGCAGACCUCAAUGGAAAAUAGACCCUUCUUCACUUGAUUAUCACAACACAGGGGUUGUCCUGGGACUUGUCGCACAAUGAUGAUGUCAUAACGGUGCACCUCACUCUUCAUCUCAGUCACUAAAAGGUCAAGACCCUGAAAAUGAAACAUCCCAUCGCCAUCCAUGGGCAUUUCAACAUGUAAUAACAUUUAACGGGAAAGGCACUCGACAGUGUAAAUAGAAUGAUUUUGUUGUAUUUCUUAUUGUUUUUCAUUUCAUUACCAGGUACACUUAAAUAUAUUUGUCUUCCAUGAGUUGCUUGGAAUAAACAUAAAAAUUUAUUCUUAAAUUCUAUGUUUCAUUGGCAAUAAAUGGAACUAGAUGUUUCAUUGUAUCUAAUGCGAAUAUAUACUGCAUAAUUUAAUGUUUCCAUUUGAACUUUAUGGCCAUUGUGUUAUAUGUUCUGUCUCUGUGGACAUGUUUCAGGAAAAAAAAAAAAAGAAAAGGCUAUGAGAGUUUGCAUCCCCGUGCAUUUUUUUCUGUAGCAGUUUGUCUGAGACAAGCAUACAAGAUGGUCAAAAAAUAAAGAGGUGAUCUACUGUUUUUGUUCA